AUGGAUGACGGCAAUACCUCAGUGGUGUCUGAGUUUGUACUGCUGGGACUUUCUAGGUCUCGGGAACUCCAGUUUUUCUUCUUUGUUUUCUUCUCUGUGUUCUAUGUGGUCGCAGUGCUGGGAAACCUUUUCAUCAUCAUCACAGUGACUUCCGACUGCAGUCUGCACUCCCCCAUGUACUUCCUCCUGGGAAACCUUUCCUUUGUAGACAUCUGUCAGGCUUCUUUUGCUACCCCUAAGAUGAUUGUAGAUUUUCUGAGUGAACGCAAGACGAUAUCCUUCAGUGGCUGCAUAGCCCAGAUUUUCUUCAUUCACCUUUUUACUGGAGGGGAGAUGGUGCUGCUUGUCUCCAUGGCCUAUGACAGAUAUGUGGCAAUAUGCAAACCCUUACACUAUGUGGUCAUCAUGAGCCAAAGGACAUGCACUGUCCUGGUGUUGAUUUCCUGGGCUGUAGGCUUAGUGCACACAUUAAGCCAGCUGUCAUUUACUGUAAACUUGCCCUUUUGUGGGCCCAAUAUAGUAGACAGCUUUUUUUGUGAUCUUCCUCGAGUAACUAAACUUGCCUGCCUAGACUCUUACAACACUGAAAUACUAAUUGUGGUCAAUAGCGGAAUUCUCUCCCUAAGUGCUUUCUCUCUCUUGGUCAGUUCUUACGUUGUUAUUCUUGUUACAGUCUGGUUCAAGUCCUCAGCUGCAAUGGCCAAAGCAUUUUCUACAUUGGCUGCUCACAUCACAGUAGUGAUAUUAUUCUUCGGACCUUGCAUCUUCAUCUAUGUAUGGCCCUUUACCACCUAUCCUGUGGAUAAAGUUCUUGCUAUAUUUUACACUGUUUUCACCCCCAUCCUCAAUCCAAUUAUUUACACACUAAGGAAUAGGGAUAUGAAGGUGGCCAUGAGUAAAAUUGUGACCCACUACCUGAGACCCAAGAAAAUUUCCGAGAUGCCACUAGUAGUGAGGAAUUCUUUUUAUUAA